GUGCAUAUAUAUGCAAUAUACCGUGCACAACGUGGCUAACAAAGAUAUUACCCGGCCGUGAUGGCUUUCUCUGCGAUAAAUGCAUAGCAACACAGGAGUCAUGCGCUGGCACGCGUGUAAAAUGCUGGAGCCAGGAUUGGGGUGGGUUGUGUUUCUGUGGAGCCAAUCCCAAAGCAGAAAAAGCAGUCAUAGAAUAGACACAGGUGUUUGAAGGGCACUGUUUUGGAACGAUGAGCUUGAAGUUUUCGGCAAGAGUUGAAUUGACUAGCAAGGUUGGAAGAAAGUAGAAGAAGAAAAUUGUGAUGGAGCCCUUUUUUGAGGAGGAAAAGCUCCGAGAAUUGAUCAAUAAUAGAAACCGGAUUUUCAAUUUGAAUAAAGACAACGAUAACGAGACGUUGAUUAUCUAUCGAGACGAAGCCGGCGAGAAUAUUUUACAGAGUGUCAAUAACAUAUACCGGUUCCAAAGUGGAGGGAAGAAACCCUUUAAUAAGAAAAACUCCAGAAAGCUAAGGUAUGAGUGCCGAUUAGCAGGGAAACGAUUUGAUGGAAAUAAGAGGCACAAGAUGUGUGGAAAUGAAAAUCGCAAGAAUGGGGAAAUUAGUAGUGGGAACAAUAACAAAGCUGAUAGUAAUAGCAACAGUAAUAGUAAUAGUAAUAGUAAUAGUAACAUUAAUAGUACUGGUAAUGGUGGCAGUGACAACAUGAACAGUAUUGAUGAGUUUUUCAACAUUUCGUUGAUCAACAACAUUGUCAAUGAGCAUGGCGAUAAGAAUGGCAAUAAGAAUGGCAAUCAGAAGAAAAGAAAAAAGGAAUUUAGAAAUUCCAAUGAGUACAACUGUCCUGCUAAAUUGUUUGUCACCGAGUACCACGACAGAUACUCGCUAGUGCAAAGUCCAGGAGGCCACAACCACUCCAUCAAACACUCUGAUUUCCAUAAGAUCUCUCCAUUGUUGAAGCAAUUGAUCGAGCAUGAGGCGAUGAAAGGGUACAGUCCCCUUUUGAUUCGAGAUGGAUUGAAGAAGAUGACCAAAGCAGACUCUCCCAACAACAACAACAAGAGCAGCCAGCCCAGAACCUACUUUGCAAACUAUGGCAGCUGCCAUUUGCUAAAGGACGACAUCAACUUUCUCAACAUCAAAACGAUCCAUAACAUUGUGCAUCAGAUUCGCAAAAAAGACGAGUACAUGGCCAACAGCGAGAUGCCCCUGCUCAAGAAGCUAGAGCAGCAGAGUCUGCUGCCAGCCCUCAAAAGCCAGAAGAAGCCCAAUUGCAAAGCAAAGGCCAGCAGGUUCGACCUCGAGAAGUCUGCCAAAGAACACAAUUUCUAUUACGAUAAGUUCCAGCUCUCCAGCUUCAUCUCCAGCAAAGGAAGCAGCGACAACAGCAGUGACAACAGCCCUGAGAAGCACCACCAGUAGCGUUUUGCAGAGCACAGACGCCUCUUUCUCUGCUUCCUCUGCUGCUGCCCGGAUUUCGCACCACUGGGCCGGAACAGUCCCGAUAUGCGCUUCGACGCCUCGUUUAGAUUUCCGAUAUGAACUUCCACGUGUGCGUCUGGCUAUCGGCCGCCG